AUGGCAAGUCUCGAAGAAAAGAAAAGUCAAACUUCGAAGGGUGACGUGCAUCGUCUGCUUCCUUGUACUGGCACUGUUACUUCCCCGCCUAAGCAUCUGAUCCGGCCCAGCUCCGAGGUCCGCCAAUUUCUGACGGGUCUAGACGUCGUCAGCAACAGUCCAAUCGGCCUUACCCAAGAUCAGAUGCCCGGAUACCACUGGACAACGGUUUCGUCGAAGCGAGCUGCACCAAGGAAACCGGUCAGCGUUGGAGAUCGACGGCCAAGAGGGGUCAAGCAUUGA